UUGAAAGAGGACUGAGGGGUCGGACUAUAAAAGAAACAGUUCACAUCUUCUCUCCAGUUCUCCUCUCACACGGCUGAUUAAAAGUCUGAUUUUCUCCUCGUUCACGAUGCAGUGGUUUGGAGCUCUGAUCCUCUUUGUGACUCUGUCUGCAGCAUUUGGACUGAAAUGCCACAUAUGUCAAGGCGAAACCUGCACCAACCCACAAACUUGUCCUCCCACCGCUGACCGUUGUGCCAUCACUAAAGUGAACAAUGCUGUCGCUAAGACAUGCACAAUUAGUGGCGGAUGUGCUGGUGCCACACAGUGCUGUGAGACGGACUUGUGUAACAGCGCCAUACCCACUGGUUCCAGUGUCCUCCUCCUGCUGGUAUCCUCAAGCAUCAUCACACUCUUUCUCUGAGGCUCAGGAGCAGCCACAGCUGAAGAAUAUUUGUCUUCUGUCUUACCCAUUGUGAAACUCUGGAAGAACAAAAAAAAAAAGAUCCAAAAUGUAAAAGCUGUGAAUGACAGCAAAAUGAAGUUUGCUCAAUAAAAAAACAAUUGAUCAACCA